AGCUGGCCGGAGACGGACGGACGGACGGCUUGAUGCCCAGCCGGCCUGCAUCCUCCCUGCCGCUGGGCAGCGUGCUGGGCACGGACGGCAGCUCCAGGAGCUGUGCCCCUCAAGGGAAGAUGUUCAAGUACACCCCGCCCUGGCAGGUCCUCUGUGCCACCCUGGAGCCCCGGGCACAGGGACUGAAAGGCCCCGUCCCUGGUGCCGCAGUCCACUGGGGGUAUGAAGAAGCUGUGAUUGAUCCCGGGCCCGAACAACAGCUCUGGGGCCAGGAAGACGCACUGGAUGAGGAGCCUUCCUGGGAAAUGGAUAGAGUCACCCGCAAUCCGAUCUUCCACCUCCCUCAGGCAGCUCCCCAGGCCAGCCCCCCUGGCGAGAGGAAGUCUCAGCACAGCCACGAGGGACACGGCGGGCGGCAGGUGGAGAAUGGCCAUGGCUGGGGAUCCCACGGCGCCCUGGAAGAUGCAUCCGAGUUCCCAGCGGACGCCCUGGACAGCGGGAGGGACCUCUGGACGCCACCUCCAGACCGCGAGUCCAAGCUGGAGGUCGUGAGGGCCGGGACGCUGUAUGACCUCAGGGCUUACAGGGGGGAGAAGAAGCCCUCCAAGCUGUACGAGGAGGAUGAGGAGGAGCAGUACAGGUGCGUCCCGGCCGAAAUCUCCCCCGAGAAAGCAAAGGAGCUAGAAGAGGAGAGGCAGCAGGUCAUCAAGAGCCAGGUGGUGAAGAAGAGCUCCACCACGGCCGAGAGGUGCAGCUCCGUGGACGAGCUGAGCUCUGCAAAAAGCACGCCUGAGAAGAGCGAGGCCAAGCUCGGGGGCAGCCGUGCCCCCAGCUUUGCCAUCUGCUUCGACAGCAGCUCCCCCAGGCGGGCGCUGACGCCUGUCGACCGCGAGAGCAUAGACACGGAUCAGAUCAACUUCGCCACCGCCCGGCAGCAGUUCCUCCUGCUGGAGAAGGCCAACCCCGGGUCGCUCUUCAGGCCGGGACAGCAAGGCACAUCCCCAAAGCCGGAGUCAACCAGGAGAGCUUACGAGUGGGUAUGGCAGUGUCCGGAGCUGUUCCUUGGCACCCCCAGCCAGCGCGGGGAGGACGGGGGUAAUAUCGCCUACACGGCAGGUGUGGAAGAGGAGCCGUGUGCUCCCAAGAAAGCCGACACACCAAGGUCCCAUCCCAAUAGCGAAGCAACCUCUUUCCCCCAAGCAUCCUCCCGAGAAGACGUGGGCUUGAGCCUGGGCAAGAUGUCCACCGAGUCCAGCGCCGACUACGCCAGCGAUGGGAGCGUGUCUGAGGUCUUCGAGGCCCCGUUGCCAUCCGAGCCCGACAGCCAGGAUGGUGCCAAAGAGCCCAAAGCCAGGACCGAGACGCCCAUCGAGAGGGAGAUCCGCCUGGCGCUGGAGCGGGAGGAGACUCUGCGGAAGGAGAGAGGCCUGGGGAGGCAGUCGAGCAGCAGCGAGCUGGUGGAGAUCCACACCAAGCCCCUCCUCACCAUGUCCCGCUCACCUCCGCCGGGCAGGAAGGGGAAAGACAAAGGCCGUGCUUCCUUCUACGUCCAGCGGGAGAUCGAGCAGGAAACCCAGCGGGAGGAGGCGCUGAAGCGGGAAGGCAGGCUGCUGGGAGCCUACGACAAGGGGCCGCAGCAGGAGCUGGGCGAGCGCAGGAAGGUGUUCGAGCAGGACGAUGCCACGCCAGCCCCGGCCAAGAGCCCAGAGGCGCCAGCCCGGACCCAGACUGGCGCGCCCAUGAUGAGCCACGGUGCCGGCUCCAUGGUGGAUGCCGUGGACCUCCUCAGCGUCCAGGCUUAUCCGCCGUGCCAGCAGGACCCCAGCCUGGAGGGCUUCCCAGGGGCAGGGGCAGAGGGUGCUGAGGCCAGCACGAGGCCUGCCAAGCCAGGCGUGAUGAAUAGGGAGUACUUCUCCCUGCUUUGGAAGCCCAAGUUUUCCUUUGCCACAGACCAGGGCAGCGGGAGCCAGCAGCGUGCAGAGCAGAGUGCGGCGCGGCUGAGCGCCCACGAGGAGCAGUACACGCUGAAGUCCUGGAAGCCCCAGGCAGCCGUGCUGAUCGAGGAGGACAUCCAGCACACCCUGCAGCGGGAGCAGGAGCUGCGGGAGGAGCGGAGGAGGAGCGAGCGGCUGAGGCAGGGCAGCCAGGAGGAGAAGGGCUCCCCAUCACCGCUCUCCUCUCCCAGCUCAGGCGCCUCCGGCAUCAGUGGCAGCUACUUGGUGUCUGAGUCCCCGGUCUUUGCUCCUCUCUCCAUGAACGUGCCCAGCCCCUACCAGGGCUACUCGGGGAAGUCGAUGGCCCUGCAGAGCCCCCCGCUCGGCAGGAGGAAGUUGAAGCAGAAGGACGACAGGAUGUAUGCAGGCAUCGAGCCAAGCGACACCAUCAACACAGAGGUGGUCGAAAGCACUAGAGUGAUUCGCCACAAGAACUUGCUGGCCCAGCGCUGGGAGGCAGGACAGUUUGCCAACAAGGACGAUGACUGACGCUGCUUCAGGCCAGCCAAGACUCUGCGAUGCACUUGCGUGCGGUCCACGUCGGACCCCACCGGAAGCAAAGACUCAGCCCCUCCCCGAGCCCUUCCAGCUCCCGCUGACCCCCCAAAUGAAGACUGUAGACAUUGCACUGGUCCGAAUCGACAAGGCGACCGUUUACAAAUCUCUAGUUUGCGCUUGCUUAUUUUUUUCCCCUUCCCUUCUGCUCCAAGAGGACAUUUUAUUAUGGGGUUUUUUUUCCUUGAAGAUGGGAAAACCAGAUCACUUCUUCUGAAAUCUCUUUUGCAAAUCAACAGCUAGAUUCAAUGAAAUCAGACUGUAAUUUCACUCCUUUCCCACUGGAAGGUGCAUCCCUGCACUGGGGAAAAGGAGUCCUAUUUUGUUUCUGAAGAUGCUUUGGGUUAGGUAUGCCAGGUGGAAGCUGGCCUAAGAAACUAGCUGGACAGCCAGAUCUCUGGAUCUUUAGAAGCAAUCCAGUGGGCAAAUCAAGAUGUUAGACAUCAGUCAAUACGAUCUGCCGAGAUGCAGUGCUAUACACGAUACGUAUUUUUAAUGCUGUCGGUUAUUUGGAAAGAGGUAAUUUAUUAAAGAGUCACCCUGCUGCAUCAGCCUUCCAGGCUGCUCUUCUCCGU